AUGACGACGGUCCUACGAGAUGGCUUGGCUGUUUCAAGGAAUGCUGCUAAGCUGUGGUUUAGAAGAAGUAUUCAAAAUAUCAGACCAACACAGAGAUUUUACAGUGGAGCUAUUCCAGCGUUGACGUUUCCUCGAAGUAACUGGUCUUCUUCUAGGAUUCCGUUUGUUGGAGGUACCUCAAAAAAAUUAUUACAACGAUAACUCUUGUAGCCUGAGUUAAAGGGUUUCAAUUUUUAUUUUAAAGAGUUGAACAGAGCGAUCCAGAACAGCUAUAAUAAGUACUAUGUACUUUUUUAAUGACGAUUUCGCUUUACGUGCAUUGUUUAAGUCUUUAUCUCGCGCAAUCUUACGAAAUUAGCACGUAAGGUUACGUGGUUCUUUACAUUCAUUUUGAACUCACUGGCGAUCCUUGCAAUCUGAAUGGCUCUCACUGGUACGAUCUACUCACGAAUUACACCAGUUUUAACUCUAAGUCACAUAUUUUCCUUGUCAAUGAGAGGCCUUUACUAAAACACAACAACCAAUCAGAUUUCCAAGCUUGUUUAAAGAUAUCAAUAAAGUUACAAGAAAAUUAAAGACAACUUUUUCCAUUUAUUUUACAAAUCAGCUAAAUAAACUAUUGAUUCUGUAUUUGAUUGACUGAAUUUUCAAUUUCAAAAUGGAUGUAAUACAGUGGUAAUUCAAACUUCCUCUCUCUCCCCCGUCCCAAAUGCAUGAAAUGUCAAAUUCAUCCCUGUCUUUCCUAGUGGGAAUCUUUGAAGAUUGCAUCUAAGGGGGUGAAAAUUGUACAAAUCAGCUAAAUAAACUAUUGAUUCUGUAUUUGAUUGACUGAAUUUUGCAAUUUCAAAAUGGAUGUAAUACUGUGGUAAUUCAAACUCCCUCUCUCCCCCGUCCCAAAUGCAUGAAAUGUCAAAUUUGUACCUGUCUUUCACAGUGGGAAUCUUUGAAAAUUGCAUCUAAGGGGGUGAAAAUUGUACAAAUCAGCUAAAUAAACUAUUGAUUCUGUAUUUGAUUGACUGAAUUUUGCAAUUUCAAAAUGGAUGUAAUAAAGUGGUAAUUCAAACUCCCUCUCUCCCCCGUCCCAAAUGCAUGAAAUGCCAAAUUCAUCCCUCUCUUUCAUUGUGGGGAAACUUUGAAGAUUGCAUUUAAGGGGGUGAAAAUUGUGUUGGCUUGUAUGAAUAAAUGUUCUGAAGGACAUGCCAUCAUUAUUCAAGAGUGUGUGUAAACAUCUACAGUCACCUUGUCCCUUCAAAUUUCAUGUUUAUGCAAGUGUCAGACCUUACUAGUGCUUUAAUUGAUGGGAUCAAAAAAACAGGCAUCAAAACAGUUCAGUUUCAUGAGCCUGUGGGAAAAAAAGAAAAAAAAAAAGCCUGUGGAAAAAAAAAAAAUCCUAUCAGGAGAUGAACAUGAUGGCUUAUUCAUUACACACAAUUGUUAUAUUCUGACAGGUGGUGUGAGAACAAUGUUCAUUCAGGUACAAGAAACACCAAAUCCUAACAGUAUGAAGUUUGUUCCUGGGGUGCAGGUCUUAGAGCAUGGUACAGUUAACUUUGCCAGUGCACAGUCUGCAUAUCCUUCACCUUUAGCAAGGUAAUAGUUAUGUCUUAUUGGAACCUUUGCUCUAAUUGUUUCUAAUUACAUUUAACAAUUAAUUGUCUGUGGCAAAUUAUUGUUCUGACAUAAUUGCAUAAGUGCUUUCAAAUUCUGUCAAAAAUUUGUUUUUGUCGCAGAAACUGUUCUCUUACCAUUGUUUUGAUCACUUUUAUCAAAAUAAGCAGCCAAUUUUCCACAGGUCUAAUUCAAUCAGCAAAAACUUCACAUCUGUAAGUUUCUUUUAAAAAGUGUUCUUCCAAACUUUGGUGGCAUUUUUUUGUGCUCAAAGGAAUUGGCUAGAGCAUAUGCUUCUCUAUAAUUACCAGAGCAAUUACAACAAAAAUGAAUGUAGAUUUUAAAUUGAGUUUGAAAUUUAUUACACAAGCUCUGCUUUACUUCUUUUUGUGACUGAUUUGUUAACUCCACUCACCCUUUUUUUGAAUGAGAAACAAACUGAAACUUUUGGCUGCUCAUCAGUUCCUUGCAAUUGUCUCAUGUUAUGUUUUUUGUUGUGAUAACAAUGGUUUGGGUUUUACGAUGCUCAGAGUGAAUGAAAUCAACACUCGUGAAGGUAAUCCCCAUCUUUUGAAAACAGUGAAAUCUAGAAAAGGUACAAAUUGAAGUAAGGGAAUAGCUGCACAUGGUAUUGAACCUUCUUAUAUCAAAUUUGAAAGUAGACACUUACUGGCUCUUCUAUGCUUAUACUUUAUGAAUACCUCUUGUACUUCAUGGUUCAAUUUUCUUGCUGGGGUUGCUCUGAACUCUGUCUGUGUGAUAAAUAGAUUCUUCCCUGCUGUGUUAUUUCAGCAGUGGACUGCAUGUGGUGUAUAAUGUGGUGCAACAACUAAGGGAGAGUUUUAGCCAGGUGACAGUGAUAAGCAUCCAAUUUCUCCUAAUAAUGGAACCCCUGAAUCACACAUUAAAGUUACAAGGGUAAAGGAAGUGAUCAGCUACUAAAGUUGUUGCUUGUUAAAGAAACUCUCAAUGUCAGCCUCUAAGGAAAUAUGCAGGGAACAAUUUGGAGAAUGUUUAUAUUGAUGUUAGGUUGAAGAGGGUUUAUGAUGUUCUUUCUGUUACUCAUCAUCUGAUAUAAUCCAUCAUUAAACAGAUACAUUUUAACAUGACUGUAUACCUUAAUGUGAUUUAGUGACCGAAUUGCUGUGGAACUUUUGAUCUUCAUGUGAAUGUAGAAAUGUGUCAGGAAUGUCAUAAUGGACAUUUCCAUUUCAUUUUUUUGCAGAAAUUUAUUUAGGAUAGAUGGUGUGACUGGAGUCAUGUUAGGACCAGAUUUCAUCACAGUUACAAAGGUUGGUGGGAUAAUAAUUAUUCUUUUUAGGACUUAAAUAAGACUCAAAAAUGAGAUUGGAAGAAAAAUGGUGAAAAUGUCCUGUCUGCCUAAGUCAUGCAAUAGUGAUGAAAGACAUUAAACUCAAUCCUUGUACAUGAAAAAAAAAACAACAACAGCAACUACAACAAUUCCUUAACAUAAGCUGUGAAAUUCUGCCUGAACUCCUUUCAAAAUGUUUGAACGUGUCCUUUAGUAGCAUGUUGUAAUGAUGUGGGAUAUUGAUCAAAUGAAACCUUUAAGUGCUACUGUGGUUCUUUCUUUAUUUAUUCCAAAAUGUUUAUGCAACAAUUUGAAAUGAAUCCAGUCACCUGAUGUAAGAAUUAUUGUGUUCUGUCAUCUGUUUACAUUUUUUAGUCUUUAAUUCCAGAAAAAUGAUGAUGAUGUUAACUGGCCUGUCUUAAAACCUGAUAUAUUUGCCUCCAUAAUGGACUUCUUUGCAAGCAAUAUUCCCAUUCUUACUGAAAACCAGCCAGCAAGUGAUACAGGUAGGCUGUUACACGAACAUCAAAAAUCUUAUUUUUCUGUAAUAAUGAACUUGGAUUUAAACAUUUUGACCCCUUAGAGUGACCAGCACCUAAUUUCUCCCUACAAUAUCAACACAUUUAUCCCUUUAACUCCCAGAAGUGACUAACAUGUAACUUCUCCCUAUAAUACCUAUAUGUUUUCUAGCAAACAGUUAAUGAGAAUACUCAAACAUCAAGACAUUUUUAUCUUAAUCUUACACCAAAUUCUCAUAACUAGUUUGCAAGGAAUUGAUCAGCAGCAAGAAGAGAGAAUUGACAGUCAAGAUCUUGGGAGUUAAAGGGUUAUGUUUCGAGAAGGAAGGAAGAAUCUGUCACUUGAUUUGCAAAUUCUUCUUGUCGGUACCUCAGGAAAUUUGUAGCAAACAGUAAGGAGAAUAUGCAUGAUGAUGAUAGGGUGUAAAGGGUUAAAAGUUAGACUGCUCUUGAAAGAGAAAAUUCUACAUGUUCACUAGUACACAUGCCUUGCAAGCCUUGUUAAAUACUGUGUACAUUUGAAAAGCCUUAAACCUGUCAGAAUUACAGGCAAUCCUAAUAGUUUUACCAACAAGUGCCAAACUAUGUGUAGACCAGAUGUAGUCCUGAAAGUUUGUCAGUGCUCAGUACCACAUGUUAUUAUUUUUCAGCUAUUGAUGAAGAUGAUGAUGAAACUGUUGCUAUGAUCAAAGAGUUGUUAGACACAAGAAUAAGGUAAAUGCACCAGACCUUUUCAAGAUUUUCCAUGUUGAAAUGGCCACCUGAAAACAAAUUGCAGUCAAACCUUGAUUAUCCACACUUGUGGAGACUGGGCUUAACAGCCCAGAUAGUUGAGAUUCUGGAUAAUCAAAAAUAUUAAAUAAAUAUAAAUGUUUGUAGAUAAUUGGACCAGACAGGCAAGUCCAGAUAAUCAAAAAAUUUUGGAUAAUCAAAGUUUGGAUAGGGAAGGUUUGACCGUAGGCAAUAGCUGUUUCAUCAUGAUACAAGGUAUUUACUAAGACUUAAUUCUGGGGUGAUGGCCCAUUUCUUGUUUUCUUUGUUUUGUUUUUUUCUUGUGCUACAUUUGAUUCAUCAAAAUUCAUUGUAUUUUCUUGUCACUGACUUCUAACAGACCAACCGUUCAAGAAGAUGGAGGGGACAUCAUUUUCAAGGUAUGUCAACAGAUGUGUAUGUAUGUGGUUCAUAGUGGGGGGUGAGAUUAAUUUUUAAAAGGCCUGUGGUUGGAAACAGUGCCUAGCUCUUUUACAAUCUUACCUAGGGGUCUCUAGUUAGGACCCUUUGGCAGGCCAACUAUAAUAUGCUGGGGUUGGGAACCCUGUAAUGAAUUUUCUAGCAUGGUAACUUGUAUGUUGUGUUCUCCACAGGGAUUCCAGGAUGGCAUUGUAAAGCUUAAACUACAGGUCAGUGUGAUGUGAAGUUAAGAUUUUUUCCUAUUUAGAUGGAAACGGUGAUUGCUGCAUUAACUGACAUGUAUUCAAUCCUGUUACAUGAUAAUUAUAUUCCAUGCACAUAUAUAAUUUUCAUAUAUCUACAAUCAUUAUUCAUCACUUGGAUGGUUUAUUUGGACUCAACUUAAUGACCAGCUCCCAGUUGGCUUGCUAGCUCAGUUGGUAGAGUGCGGCACCAGUAUCGCAGAGGUCAUGGGUUCAAAUCCUGUAAGGGCCUGAAUUUUUUUCAGGUCUUGUUUCAACUACUAGUUCAGUAGAGUUUAUAGCUGCGAGGAUCUCUUAUAUUCGUUUCUUCACUGCAGUGCACAUAUAUGAUUUUCAUAUAUCUACAAUCAUUAUCCAUCACUUGGAUGGUUUAUUUGGACCCAACUUAAUGACCAGCUCCCAGUUGGCUUGUUAGCUCAGUUGGUAGAGUGCUGAAACCCGGUAUGGCAGAGGUCAUAGGUUCAAAUCCGUGCGGGCCUAAAAAUUUUCCUUUUUUUAUUUUAUUAACAAAUUAAUGUUGGUAUUCUACUAGGGAGCAUGCUCCAGCUGUCCAAGUUCAGUGGUUACUUUGAAGAAUGGCAUCGAAAAUAUGAUGCAGUUUUAUGUCCCGGAGGUGGUUGCAGUCGAGCAGGUAACCAAAAUUACAUUUUGUCUUAUUUUAAGGUUAGUAAAUGGUCUGGAAAACCACUGUGAGGCCAGGGAGCACUUUGCAGUCUCAGCCUGCGGGACACACCCGAGUUUUAGCUUACCCCUGUCCCGCCUACCAUGUCGGACCAGAUAGCUCCGGCCGGUGUUAAUUGCUACACCAAAUUUUUCUUUGAGCCUUUGCUAUUUGACAGCUCGCUCAGCUCCUUUUUUGGUGCACAGAUAGCGCUUUUGAAACACUAUUAGUCUUGACAGGGCUGGAAACAGGAGGAAGUGUACCUAGAUUAAUUUGUUCAUCUCUGGUAGAGUUAAGUGAGUUCUCCUCUCCGUGGUUGUCGUUAGUGAGGUCAGGACUUUUUGGGCAACAUACUCUCACUCCGUUCCCCCACCUCCCUUCAUCAGCAACAACAACAAGUAAAUAAAUAUAUGGACAAGCGAAUGAUAUCAAUGAAAAAAUAUACGUACAGUAUGAGACAGAAUCACAUCGGUAGAAAGGACAUUUUUUUUUUUCUUUUUACUUGCUGCUCUUUGACGGGUGUUCAUAUUCCCAUAUGAGCUCUUGUCUUUGUCCAUACAGGUCGAGGAUGAAGUGGAUGAAAUAAAUAAAACGGAAUUUAGUAAACUUGAAGCAAGACUUGGAGAAACAAGUCCACCAGUGGAGGGGAACCCGGACACUACAGCGGAAAAAGACUGACAUUUCAGGCCAAGGUCAUCUUGUCAAGUCACUCAAGGAGAACAGUUCGCAAUACUCUGUUAGCUCGGUGUUUAUCGGCAUUACUCUCCUCCUGAGAACCGUUACAUAGGGAGUUCUAGCUUUCAUGUGGCUCGUCGCUAUCUUUGAUAAGACUGGAUUCUCCAGAGGUUAAUCUUUUCUAUUUUUUUCUUCUUUUUAUGGGAAUAGGGGGAGGAAAGACGUUGACGAGUAGAAAUUCAAAGCAGAUGUCAGGUUCAGUUUGAUGUUUGUGCGAGGUUUCCUAGAAAACCGUUUCUUGCACCUUUAGAGGAGUAUCUGCAUUUAUCAAGGGAAUGGCGCCCUAACAUAUUCUUGGAAAAUUGAAUGUUUCAAUUCUUUGUUUUAAGUUAAAAUAAGCGGAGAGAACUGUCGCAGAGUACCUUGACCAAGAGGAGUUAAAAUAAUUUUGGUCUCUUCAUGUUGCGUAACCCUUUAAUUCUUAUGAGUGACCAAGACAGAAUUUCUCCUUACAAUACCAGUAGAAUAUCAGGCAGACAAGAGAUGAGAAUAUAGAAAAUAUUAAGUAGGGGAUUGUUAGUUGAUCCAAUACCAAAUUCUCUAAACUCAUCACAAUGAUUGCAUGGCAGACAGUAAAGAGAAUUACUAGUGAGAUCUUAGGAGUGAAAGGUUAACCCCUUUUUCCUCUUCAAGAGAACACGAAACUUGACGGGUUCAGCAGCGAGAUGCUGAUAAGAGAAGGUUAUAGCUUUCAUUGUGAUUUCCUCGCGCGUAACGUCUCACCCUCACCCUCCCCUCCCCCCCCCUAACAAGUUUCCCACCCACUCAAUCCCCCAUUUGAUGUUGGACUCAAAGCCACACCGAUCAGGCACUAAUAUAAACUUGUUGUAACCAAAUGAGACAGACAGAAAAAUUGCAUUGUAACCAUGAAUAUAAUGGUCGAAGUCUUAAAAUUAACGUUAUAAGAAAGGAGCAAACAAUCCGGCGGAAUUGUUAGCAUUAAAAAGUCCCUUCACUAGUUUCACUUUAGUUCAUCAAUACGUCUCAGUUAAUCACUAUGAGCUAUCAUGGCAGAAGCGUGGAUAUGUAACAGUUUGGAGCAAAACUUCUCUUUUGGGAAUUGUCACUAGGAAAACUAACUGUCGUGGAUCUUAAAUUUAGCCACUAGCUCAAUAUUGACCGUUAAAUUUUAUAGUUCAGCGCGCCUCCAUAAUUGCUGAAUUCUAAUGAGUACUGCUGUUAAUUAUUGAUUGUUCCUCACAAGCUGUAGCGGAGAACAUGGGCAAUUAAAGUGAUUUUCAACUCGGACACGGUGUAGCCAUGCACAGUGUCUGGCACAAAGGUGAAAUAAAUUUCAUUUAGUUCCUUAAAUUUUUAUAUUUUCGAUAUUGAUCGUUAAAUUUUAUAGUUCAGCGCGCCUCCAUAAUUGCUGAAUUCUAAUGAGUACUGCUGUUAAUUAUUGAUUGUUCCUCACAAGCUGUAGGAGUGAACAUGGGUAAUUAAAGUGAUUUUCAACUCAGACAUGGUGUAGCCAUGCACAGUAUCUUGCGCAAAGGUGAAAUAAAUUUCAUUUAGUUCCUUGAAUUCAAUAUCUCCGAUGUUGAUCGUAAAAAUUUUAUAGUUCAGCGUGCCUCCCUAAUCGCCGAAUUCUAAUGAGUACUGUUAUAUAUUCUUACUGAUUGUUCCUCUCAAGCUGUAGAAGAGAACGU